CACCUCGACCCGCACAACUGCGCCGCCAGACUAGGUUGGUUCCGAUCUAAAACGACACCGUCAUGGCCGAUGGCGAGAAAUCGGGCCUUGCGGACUUGGAGAAGGAGUUAACCUGCUCGAUCUGUACCGAGCUCCUCUACCAACCACUCACCCUCCUCGACUGCCUGCACACCUUCUGCGGCGCCUGUCUAAAAGAAUGGUUCGCUUUCCAAGCCUCGACCGCGACCUCCCUGCACCCCUACACCUGUCCGUCCUGCCGCGCUACGGUCCAGAAAACGCAGCGGAAUGCGAGCGUUACGACGCUGUUGGAGGUGUUUUUGAAGGCGAAUCCGGGGAAAGGGAAGAGUGAGGAGGACAAGAAGGCGGAUAGGGAGAAAUACAAACCUGGGGAUAACGUGCUACCUAAGUUACGGAGGAGGGAUGGGGAGAGGGAGGAGGAAUUGGAGGACGAGGAGAGGAGGAUGUUGGAGAGGGUGCAGGAGUUGAGUUUGAGGGAAAGGAGGAGGAGGGAAAGGAGUCGUGAUGGGAGUAGUAGUAGGCGAAGAGAAAGAGAUGGAAGAGCCAGUGAUGACCGAAGAUCCAGGAGUGCGCAUCGAGAGGCGAGAGAGGUGGUACCGUCGAGGCACGUUGAGCACCAGUCCAGUUUGAGGUCGCUGCUGAGUGCGUCCGAGUUGGAUAGUCAGGAGAUUGAGGAAGAGAUCAUGAGGCAGAUUAUGGAAGAGGGUCUACUAGAUGGGAUUGAUUUGGAUAAUAUCGAUGUGGCGCAAGAGGAUGAGAUAUCAGAGCGGAUCGCGCAAGCGUAUCGAUCGAGACAGGCGCAGAGGCAGAGGGAGCGGAGGGAGAGGAGGGAGAGACUGGCAAGAGAAGGGAGGAUUGAUGUGGCUGCUUCGCGCACCGCUACACCUCAAGAUGAAGGGACACCCUCUUUGAGGGAGGAUGAACGCCCUCGAAGGAGGACUCAGGGACGGUCUGAAAGCGGUGCUUCGACUCCUGCGGGACAGACUUCCUCUCGACCGCCCGUUUCUCGACCUGCACUUAUUGAUGCUGCGAACAACAACAAUGUUCGCGGACAUCACCGAAGAUCCUCCAGUCAAGGAAGCCAUCGAUCGUCUAGGCGAGCAGAACGGCCUGCAGCAUUGGCCCUCGGUUCCACCAGACAAGCAGGUAGCUCUACUAGCGAUCUGGAAGAGCGACCAUCGACGUCAAGUAGUCGACCUUCACGACGGCGUCAGUCGGACAAUCAGCAGCGGAGUACGCUCGAUGAGCGACAGCAGUUUCAAAGCAGAGCCAGGGGUCAUACUUCGUCCAAUCCUAAUUCGCCGAGGAGAAUGGUCUUCAAUAUGCCACAAGGGAGCCAGUCGAGUUCUGCACUGACUACGUCUCCUCCAGUUGGUUCUCCAGCGGCAUCCAAUGCGUAUGUCAGUACACAUGCUGCGCCAACAGCACGUCGCACAACGGAUCCGACGAGUGUGAGAGGUUCGAGACAACCAAGUACACCCCCGAUACCUUUACCUGCCACAUUUUCCCCAUCCGCCACGGAUGUGACACCAGGAGAAGCUGAGCCGAAGAAUUCAUCCUCCGAUACACCUGCCAUAGCCGCUCCGCCCCCUCGAUUUCCGGAGCCUGUUAUCUCAUGUAAUCGCUGUGGUAAAGAGCACAUCGAACAUCAGCUUCAUUAUAAUUGCUCCCGCUGUGACAAAGGGGCAUACAACCUUUGUCUAAGCUGCUACCGCGCAGGCAAAGGCUGCAAACACUGGUACGGCUUCGGAUGGGCUGCAUGGCCACGCUACGAACGACAAGCACCGCCGGGCGGGUACCCUCCUGGCCAUGAGCACCCACACAUCCUCGUCGGCCGCCGCUAUCUCCGACCUAUAUCACCCCUGAGCGAAUCUACCCCCUCCCCACACGUGCUCAUGUCGCAAGAAGACCCCAAUAACCGCCUCGAAGAAGGCGUCUUCUGCGAAGCCUGCAGUGCCUUCGCCAACGGCUGCUACUGGAAAUGCGACAUCUGCAACGAAGGCGCCUGGGGCUUCUGCAACUCGUGCGUCAACCAAGGCCGGCACUGUACCCAUCCUCUCCUCCCCAUGGCUCACCAACCGCAACCGCCUCUCCACAGGCUUCCUUCAGACUCGACGGCUCCGACAACAACUCCUCCCACCACCGCACCUCCGCGCUCCCCCGGCCUCGCACCCCCCUCCCAAGGGACAUCUAGCUCAACAGCAACGACUCCACCUCCCUCCCCAACGCCAGCCUCCGCAUCCCUAGUCCUGGGUCCAGGCCUCAUCAGUCUCGCCCGCUCAACCUUCAAACCUCUAACAUUCACCACCCUUUGCAACAAAUGCAACUACCCGAUCCCACCCAGCCACACCCGAUACCACUGUCUCAGAUGCAAUAAUGGGGACUACGACAUCUGCGCCCCUUGCUACCACAAACUCGUCGUCUCUGGCCGAACCACCAAGGAAGACGGUAUGGCCGGGUGGAGGCGCUGUCCCAGGGGCCAUAGAAUGGUAGUUGUCGGAUUCGAGGAUCGCGAUGGUGGACAGAGGCGUGUGGUUGUCAGGGAACUGGUUGGGGGAUGGGCAUUGAGGGAUGAGGCCGAGAGCGAUGGGAGUAUCCACCGCUACCGCACGCCGCAUGCUUCAUCAUCGUCUUCUUCCCCAUCGACGACUCUGCGCUUCCCGCCCGAUGGUGGGAUCGGCCUGCGCGUGCUGGCGUUGUGGUCGUACUUCCCUGCCGAGGGAGUCGAUGAUGAGUUGGGGUUUCCGCGGCAUGCGGAGAUUAGGGAGGUCGAGGAUAUUAAUGGGGAUUGGUACUGGGGGGUGUAUGCGGGUGCUAAGGGACUGUUUCCGGGGAAUUAUGGGAGGAUUGUUGGGGGGAGUUAGAUGUGGAGGGAAGGGCAAGGGGUAGGGGUAGGUCAGGGGAUGAUGGUGGACUUACGAUGCCAUGAGCCAUGGG